GCCUAGAUGUUCAGAAGCUGGUACCUAUGGCGAGCGAACUCUACGUUGUUUUGCUAGCAGUAGAGAACGAAACCAGCAAUUAACAAAGAAAAGUGUAAAUAAACGAUCGACUACAGACAAUAUAUUCAUUAACUGGUCGAGAUGCCGUAUGCCAAUCAGCCAUCAGUUCAUAUCAGUGACUUGACUGAGGAAAAUGUUAAAUUCCAAGUAGAGGACACAGAAUUGAGUGUCGCCAACAGCAUGAGACGAGUGUUCAUCGCUGAAACCCCAACCUUAGCCAUCGAUUGGGUACAGCUGGAGGCCAAUUCCACAGUCCUCAGCGAUGAGUUCCUCGCCCACAGGAUUGGAAUGAUCCCUUUAAUCAGUGAUGACGUAGUUGAGAAGAUCCAGUAUUCCAGGGACUGCUCCUGCAUGGACUUCUGUCCCGAGUGCAGUGUGGAGUUUACGCUAGAUGUCAAGUGUUCCGAGGAACAGACGAGGCACGUCACUACUGCUGAUCUCAAGUCCAGUGACCCCAGGGUCCUCCCGGUGACAUCCAGACAUAGAGAGGAUGAUGCCAGUGAAUAUGGGGAGACUGACGAAAUAUUAAUUGUAAAGCUCAGGAAAGGACAAGAGCUAAAGCUAAGAGCCUACGCCAAGAAAGGCUUUGGCAAGGAGCACGCGAAAUGGAAUCCAACAGCUGGUGUUUGCUUUGAGUACGACCCUGACAACACCAUGCGCCACACCCUUUUCCCCAAGCCAGAUGAGUGGCCAAAAUCAGAGUACAGCGAGCUCGAGGAAGAUCAGUACGAAGCUCCAUUCAACUGGGAGGCGAAACCCAACAAGUACUUCUUCAACGUCGAGAGCAGUGGAGCUCUUAAGCCUGAGAAUAUCGUCAUGAUGGGGAUUGCUGCCUUGAAGAACAAACUCUCGAAUCUACAAACGCAAUUGAGCCUCGAGGUGCAAAGCGAUGCUCUCAGUAUUCAUCAUUAGUUUAAUUUGGAUAAUUAUUCAUUACUUAAGGAACUGUCUUUUAAUAAAUUGAAACAAUGCAAAAUUUAUUUGUUGCUUGAA